AUGUCUGCAAAUGACAGAAAUGUUGAAGACUUGCUGUCAUUAGACACUCGUCUGAAGAGAGGGUCGACCGACAAAUGGGUUGUGUUUAGUCUUAUGGAUGAAGAGUUUGUGGCAAAUAUCCACUCGUUUGUAAUCCACGGAACCGAUGUCAUUGUGGUCACCAAAGCUGAUGAAGUUUUCCACGGCAAAGGAAUUAAUGUCCAAAAAAUGACCAAGAUGGAUAUACUGUGCCAAAAGGGCGUCAAGAAAAUUAGUACCGGUGCCGGUGGGCAUAUUUGCGCGCUCACAUAUAGCGGCGAGGUUUAUGUUGUGGACAUAGUGUGUGGUGCCAACCAUACCCUGGCCCUCACAGGCGGUGGACAUGUCUACUCGUGGGGUUAUAACGAAUCGGGGGAAGUUGGAAAUGGGACAGUUAAUAACCAGUCGGUGCCGUAUAGAGUGAGUGGUGUCCUUGCUAAUCAACACGUGACUGGAAUCGCAUGCGGCAAUAAUUUCUCAGUUGCCAUAACGGAGACAGGACAACUAUUUAACUGGGGCAACAACUCUACGGGACAGUUAGGUCUCGCGAAUUUACAGGCAAACCAACCCCUUCCCAUUCAAAUGUCAUUCUUUAAUGACAUGACAGUGAGCAAGGUGGUUUGUGGUUUUGGACAUACUCUUGUGCUUACAGAUGACGGACAGUUAUAUACAUUUGGACGCAAUAGCAAUGGAGAACUGGGAACCGGCAAUAAUACCUUACAAACUAUACCUUAUAAACUGGACGCUAAAUUGGGACGAUUUAUAGACAUUGCGUCCAUUCAUAGCACGUAUAUAUCGACUGCUGUUACUUUUGUGACCCCAUAUCCCAUUAUAAUGAGUGAAUAUCCUGAUAGUCCCGUUCUCCAGAGUACAUCCAAAAUCUUUAACCAUAAGUUAACAAGCACAUUUAAGUUCAUAGUGGAGGGAAAACCUAUUCACGUUCACAUAGACUUUCUUGUGAUGAGAUGCGAACACUUCCGCGCUAUGUUUGACGAGAAGUGGGACAAAGGGGCCAAACCUGAAAUGGAGUUGAACCAAUACUCGUAUGUGGUUUACGAGGCAUUCCUGCGCUACAUAUACACGGGUGAGGUAUGUGUGGAACCGGAGACUGGGAUCGAGUUAUUAGAUUUGGCCGAAUCUUACUGCGAGACUGACCUUAAGAUAAAGUGCGUCCGACUUAUACGGAAAGGCAUUACUAUUGAAAACGUGUCCCUCAUAUAUGCGGCUGCCAUUCGCUAUAAGGUGCCCGAACUGGAGGAUUUGUGUUUCAAGUUUGCUCUUGCUCAUAUCACUGCAGUCAUACAAACACCUACUUUCGACUCAUUGGAGCCCAGAAUUUAUAAGAAUUUUAUUGCUAAGGCAUCCGUUAAAGGGGUGUUUAAACGCUAA